AAGAGGGAGAGGGGUUGAGUAUUAUUAAAACCAGACUACCUUAAGAUGACUUGGAGCAGUGUAGUCCUGUCUUCUUUCUCUCCAGGUUUAAACUCUUUAACAGGCCCCUUUGGAAAGGUAAUCCUGAAACAUUCAUACUGAAGCUGUUGGAACUGUGUUUUGUCCUCCUUCCGUGUUGAGGACUUGUUGGAGCAGGUUUUCUAUCUUGUUGGGUCAGUUUUACUAAUUGUUCCGUGGGAAUACUGAGUUGUGCUUGUCAGAAAUGGGUAUCUUUCUAUGAACACUGAAAUCACACUGGGACCUUUCAGCACUUGAGGUCCAGCUACAUUUCUAAUGAAAGUAAGAGUUUGACAGCAAGAUGAGGGUGCAAACUUUCUCAAGAGCGCAAAUAGCGCAGGAGUUUCGUUUGCGAUGCCAGGCACAUGCAGCCAAUGACAACAAAGGCUUUAAACAUGAGUUUGAGGAGCUUGAUUUAGUUGGCAAAGACCUUCCCAUUACAGCAGGGGAUUUGGAGGCAAACAGAGAAAAGAACAGAUACCCCUACAUAUUGCCAUAUGACCACUGUCGCGUGAGGCUGUCAGUCCAAAAUUUCCAACCACACACUGACUACAUCAACGCAAACUUUGUCCCUGGAGGUGGAUCAGAAAGAGACUUUAUCUGCACCCAGGGUCCUUUGAACAACACCAUGGCUGACUUCUGGAGGAUGGUGUGGGAGCAGAACGUCAGGAUAAUCGUCAUGGUGACAGCUCUGAAACACAAGGACAUAGUGCUGUGUGAUAAGUAUUGGCCUCUGGAUCGAGGGACAGUUUAUUAUGGACUGAUCCAAGUGACCACAGUGACCCGCAAACAGGGUCUAGAUUAUUUUGUCACAACCAUUAACCUCAGACAGAGAGAUUGUCCAACAGACAGGUUAAUCACACACUACUACUACCCUGCCUGGCCGGACCGGGGCGUCCCUAAAGACUCAUCCUCACUCUGUGCCUUCACUGAGCAUGUGCGGCAGAAAUUGGAAGCGAUUCCACGCCUGGGACCCGCCGUAGUGCACUGCAGUGCAGGUGUCGGGCGUUCAGGGACAUUUGUGACGCUGUUGUGGCUGAUGCAGCUGUGUGCGAGGGGCAUCAAACCUGAUGUCCGGGCUGCUGUUGAGGACCUGCGGCUACAUCGAAUGUGGAUGGUCCAAAAUCAGGAGCAGUACAUAUUUGUUCAUCAGUGUCUGCUGCACUGGCUCAGUGGAGGGAGUUCAGCACGCAGGCCACAAAUUCAGGGAGCCAGUUCAAAUAUUAACCAACACAUUCAAAAUCAACCCCUCAGCUCCUCAGGAUGGGGGAGCAGCGGAGAGAGGAGGAGACAUCGCCAUCAUCGACAGACAGCUCCAUCAGACCAACCACAGAGCGCAAUACAGCAGAUCUUGAACCCUGGGAACCUACUGAGGAGGUUACUGCCUUCCUCGUCACCCUUCAAUCCAGGCUCAAACGCCUCCUGAACUCACAAACUGUACACCUGAUAGUACAAACACCAGCAAGACUCAGGGUUAAAACAAACAACAGCUGUAUGCAUGCCCUCACAUGGCUCCUCAGAAGGAAUUAGACAGCAGAAAUAAUGCUUGGUGUGCUUGUGACGACAAGCCCUGCAGGUGGCAAACCGGCCUGACAACGUGCAAAUAUAUGCUGGUAAAGAAACCACAGACCCAGCAGUUUUUUUUCGCUACCAGAAGGAAAAGUUAAGGACGUAACAUGCCAGACAGGUCAAACCUGUUCUGUGAAUGACUUACUGAGAGAUUCACGAGAAUACAAGAGGACAAUGAUCAAGCUGCUCCCUGUGCAUACAGUGAGUUCCUCAGGGUGAUUACUGUGUACAGCUAGCUGCACAAUUCACUGUUUUACAUCUUUGCUCCCAUUAUUGAUAAAGUGAUGCUGCAGGAUUACUUUAUUUAGUUUCCUCUUCUGAAAUCAUUGUGUAUUAUUUCAUAAUCACACACUAAAGUACUCAAGAAUGCAUGUGCAUAAUGUAUAGCAGACUUGCUAGAAAGGCAGACACAUGGUAUAGUGGCUGUACAAAAACGGUCAUGUUUCAAAAACACACAGGCACUGUCAUUCUCCUUAGAUGACUGAAACCCAUUACAGUACAUGAAGGAGAUAUGAGUAUUAUACAUUAUAUAACAUAAAAGGGCUAACCCUCUAUUUUUUUAUUUUUUUUUAAGAGUCUUUCAUUUGUCGUGUAAUAAACAUGUAUGAUACAAUA